UUUGUUUACAUCUGAGUUUCUAAUUUCUGCUUUAAUCUCAAUGCUUUUGUUUAUUUUUGUGAUUUGGUUUCUUAAAUUGUUAUUUAAACUCUACUAUUGAUUGAACAAUUAAUUAAAUUAGUUAAUAUUAUGUCUCAUGCAAAUGUGAACGGCGAUUCUGUUUUGGAUUCUGGCUUGGAAUUACUUCAGCAAUCUAAUGGAAUGAUAAAAAAGACGAAAAGAAAUUUACAAGAAUCUGGUGAUGUCGUUCAAAAGAAGAAGAAAAAGAAAUCUAAUCAAACAAUCAAAAAGUUUGUUCAUCAUGUUUGUUCACCGAUAAGUAAUGAGAAACGUCGUAAAGCCGUGGCCGCAAUUCUGGCACCGACUCAUAAUUUUAAUCAAUCAGAAUUAGAAGAUCUAUGGAAAGGAAUGUUCUUUGCUGUUUGGUACACGGAGGUUACUAAAUGUGAGGAGAUUCUUCAUGACAUUGCUUAUAAUUGUCGCUAUCAGAAUGAGAAAGAUUAUCUGAUUACUGGUUUCAAAUUAUUGGCUCGAGAAUGGAUGGGAAUUGAUUUCUUUCGAGUUGAUAAAUAUGCUUUACUGGUCAGACAUAUGAUUAAUCGUAGUUUAAGAGUGGCCAUUUUUGAUAGUGAACCGAGAGAUUUUAAUUUUCUGAAUGAAAUUUUCAUUGCUUCCGAUGAAUCUGUUGAAAUGUUGGCCCAUAUUCUUGAAGUUUAUAUUGAGGAGCUUCAAAAUGUUACCAUGAGACAAGUUAUUUGGGAUCCAAACGAUAAAUGUGAUGUUUAUAUUUCUGCAAUUAGGCCUGUUAUCAAAGCUAUUCCAAGAAAUUCUGAUUCUCGCAUUUUGAGUACAAGUAAAGAAUCAAUUUUUAAAGAAAUUCGUUUAUUCUUAAGAUCAGAAUGUCAAUCAAACUGGAGGGAUAAGUUCUGCCAAGAAAUAUUCAAAGAAUUGAUCGAUACUGGUAAAGAAGAUAACAUGUCAGCAACGAAUCGUAAAGCUCUGUUCAAAAUUGCUGCUGAAAUGAAAAGAAGUUAAUUAGCGACAAUCCAAUUUAACUGUGUAAAACUCUUGUAAAGUUUAAGAAAACUGUCCAUCGAUUGUUUCUCCAUUCGAUACAUUUUCAAUACUGUCCAAAAAUCGACCUCUGAACUCGACGAGAAUUCUGGAUGAUAUUCUCCAAACCUGAACGAGAAUCAUAUUUGUAUACACAUGGUUGUAAUAUGAACAAUUUCCAAUUAUUUGAUUGUUAAUAAAUACUAUGGACAACGAGUAUAUAACGAGAGUUAUAAUCGUUUCGAGUUGAAAAAAUAAAUCUUCAUGACAAUAAUCGAA